AAAAUUAUGUAGUCUGUGGUAAACGCCAUCUUGUCUUUAACUAUUUAUCUGUAUAUCAGUCAAAAUCAGUCAUUCAUUCACACACAAGACUAGAGUUGAUUUUGAAUAAGUCUUAAGUCUACAUAGAUUUGUCUAAAACCAAUGUCGGUACGGUCGCUUGGCUGUAUAGUUAAUUAGUUACAGUAAUUCGUUAAAUGCUCAUUACAAUUCGUAAAAUUCUGAUUUAUAUAUAGAUAUAACGUGAGCGGAUAUCAUUCCACGAGGGCAAAAACAUUGUCUGAAAAUUGGUAAUUUGGGUGAUCGGGCUUAGGCUUAAAUUGUUAUAAAACAAACACUGUUUUGGAACACGUUACCAAUAAUCACUUUAUUUCUGAUUCGUUACUUAACAAGUGAAAACCUAUUAUGAGUUCGAGGCACCGUGACAGAAGUCGUUCGCGCUCUCGAGAUCGGGACAGAGACAGACACAAGGAGAGAGAUCGUGAGAAGAAUAGGGAUCGUGACCGGGACCGUGACAAGGACAGGGAGCGCGACCGCGACAAAGAUCGCGAGCGGGACCGCGACCGGGACAGGGAUCGCCACCGCUCGAAACGGGACAAAGAGAGAGAACGCAGCCGCAGCCGAGACCGGCACAAGGAGAAGCGCCGCAGCCGCAGCCGCUCCCGCAGCAGGAGCCGCAGCCGCAGCCGCAAGUCCAAAGAUAGCAGGGAUGGCACAAUAGCCCUUCUGGACCAGAUGGUAGGCACAACGACGAAGGCGACGGCGCGUCAGGUGAGCAGCAACGGCGCCAUCAACCCCGCCACGCAGGCCGCCAUCCUGGCCGCCGCCGCCGUCGCGCAGACGUUUGUGGCGCAGCGGCGCAUGGCGGCGCCCGUGCAGCCGGCGGCGGCGGCGGCCGCGGCGCUGUCGGCCGCCACGGCCAUCCCGCCGCCCACCUCCGUGCAGCAGAAGCUGGAGCUGCUGCAGGCGCGCACCGAGUCGCGCUACCGCGACAAGCCGCCGCACCACGACUACCACCCCGACGACGACAAGGACGACGGGCUCGGCCCGGCGGGCGAGACGGCGGCGGAGCGGCGCGCGCGGCGCCGGCGCACCCGCUGGAUGGGCGGCGAGCACGACAAGACCUUCAUCCCCGGCCUGCCCACCGUGCUGCCGUCCACGCUCACGCGCGACCAGGAGGAGCAGUACCUGCUUCAGCUGCAGAUCGAGGAGGUGAGCCGCAAGCUGCGCUCGGGCGACCUGGGCAUCCCCGCCAACAUCGAGGAGAGGUCGCCCUCGCCGGAGCCCAUCUACUCCACGGACGGCAAGCGGCUCAACACGCGCGAGUACCGCACGCGCCGCAAGCUGGAGGAGGAGCGACACCGCCUCGUCACGCGCAUGCAGCAGAUCAACCCCGAGUUCAAGCCGCCGCCCGACUACAAGCCGCCCAUCAUACGCGUGCACGACAAGGUGAUGAUCCCGCAGGAGGAGCACCCCGACAUCAACUUCGUGGGCCUGCUCAUUGGACCCCGCGGAAACACGCUCAAAGCGAUGGAGAAAGAAACCGGCGCUAAGAUAAUAAUCCGAGGCAAGGGCUCGGUGAAGGAGGGCAAGGUGGGCCGCAAGGACGGGCAGCCGCUGCCCGGCGAGGACGAGCCGCUGCACGCCUACAUCACCGCCACCAACGCAGACUGCGUCAAGAAGGCAGUCGAGAAGAUCAAGGAGGUGAUCCGGCAGGGCGUGGAGGUGCCCGAGGGGCAGAACGACCUGCGCCGGAUGCAGCUGCGGGAGCUGGCGCAACUCAACGGCACGCUGCGGGAGAACGACGCCGUGCGCUGCGCCAACUGCUCAGCCACCGACCACAAGACGUGGCUGUGCCCCGACAAGCCCAACGUGACCAACAGCAUCGUGUGCUCGUCGUGCGGCGGCGCGGGCCACAUCGCGCGCGACUGCCGCGCCAAGCGGCCGGGCCAGGGCACGCUGCACAACCCUGCCAACAAGGCCAAGAUCGACGAGGAGUACCUGUCGCUGAUGGCGGAGCUGGGCGAGGCGGCGCCGCCCGCGGCCGCUCGCCGCUUCCCGGCCGCACUGUUCCCGCCCGCCCCGCAUCCGCCGCGCGCGCUCAUGCCGGCCCCGCGCGAGCUGCCAGCACUGCCGCCGCCGCCGGGUAGCGCGGGGUCGCAGCCGCCGCCGCCGGGCGCGGCGCCGCCGCCCCCUCCCGGCGCCUUCCCGCCGCCGCCGCCGCCGCACCAGGGGGACGGCAAGAUGGGCCCGCCGCCGAGCAUGCCGCCGCCGCCGCCGGGAUCGCAUGAUCGCUCUCCGGUCGUGUCGGUGUGCGUUCUAAUGGGCUAUGAGAGAAAGGAACCGAGAGGUUCGCCUGUGUCGCCAGCCCGAGUAGUGCAGUACAUAUCCCGUGUGGCAGGCAUGCUGGGCUGGCGCGGCUACAGCGCGCCGCCGUGGGCCGCGCCGCCGCCGCCCGCCUUCCUGGCGCCGCCGCCGCCGCCGCCGCCCGCCACCACCGACUAGCGCCUCCAAUCAAUUACAAUACAUUCUGAUAUGCUAUA